AUGGAUUCAAGGAAUCCAUAUAGUCAGUUUUCUAGUUAUGUAGGGCUCCUUAAUAGUCAAAACUUUCCCUGUGAAAGUUUCCCUCCUUUCAGUUCACAACAAACCGAGGUUCCAACACUCCCUCAAGACACAGCAGUGGGCGGUAAGGGAAGAAAGAAAUGGAGCCCUGCAGAUGAUGAGGUUCUAAUCAGCGCCUGGCUAAACACAUCUAAGGAUGCUAUUGUUGGAAAUGAUCAAAAGGGAGGGACGUUCUGGAAACGAGUAGGAGAAUACUACGCAGCUUCCCCUCAUGCUAGAGAGGGUGGUGUCUUGAGAGCGCACGACCAUUGUAAGCAGAGGUGGCACAAAAUCAACGAUCAAACUAACAAGUUCUGUGCCGCUUUUGCAGCCGCAGAAAGACAGAUUAGUAGUGGUCAGAAUGAGAACGAUGUCCUCAAAGCGGCCCAUGAAAUCUUCUACUCUGACUGUAAGAUGAAGUUUACUAUGAAGCACGCAUGGUGUGUGUUAAGGUAUGAACAGAAGUGGCUUAGCCUAAACACGCCUAAAGCUAAUGGCAGUUCGAAGAGAAAAAGUGGUGAGCAAGGUUCCCAAUCUUCAAGCACUAAUGUUGCUGAUCAAGAGGUCAGGCCUGAGGGUAUCAAGGCUACGAAAGCAAGAAGGAAUAAUGCUCAAGAGAAGGUUACCACUGACUAUAAGAGCUUGUGGGAAAUAAAGAAGGAGGAUUUGGAGAUGAAGGAGAAACUGUCAAAGCUGGCCAUACUUGACACGCUCCUUGCUAAAAAAAGAACCGUUAACUGA